GGGUGGACAGAGCCUGCGGGGGGCUGCGCCUGGCUCCCGCGCGGGGCACCAUGGACGACGCCGGCAGCUCCGGAGGCAGCGGAGGCUUCCGCCCCGGAGUAGACAGUCUGGAUGAGCCGCCCAACAGCCGCAUCUUCCUAGUGAUCAGCAAGUACACAUCGGAAUCGGUGCUGAGGGAGCACUUCUCGCCCUUCGGAGACAUCCAGGACAUCUGGGUAGUGCGCGACAAGCACACUAAGGAGUCCAAGGGCAUCGCCUUCGUCAAGUUCGCACGCAGCUCACAGGCCUGCCGGGCUAUGGAGGAGAUGCACGGACAGUGCCUUGGUCCCAACGACACCAAGCCCAUCAAGGUUUUCAUUGCCCAGUCCCGAUCAUCAGGGAGUCACAGGGAUGUCGAAGACGAAGAGCUCACGAGGAUCUUUGUCAUGAUACCAAAGUCCUACACGGAGGAAGACCUGCGGGAGAAGUUCAAGGUGUAUGGAGACAUCGAGUACUGCAGCGUUAUUAAGAAUAAAGUCACUGGAGAAAGUAAAGGCUUGGGCUACGUGCGGUACUUAAAACCAUCACAAGCUGCCCAGGCAAUAGAAAACUGUGAUAGAAGUUUCAGAGCACUCUUGGCUGAACCUAAAAAUAAAGUGUUGGAGUCCCCAGAACAAGAUUAUUACAGUAGCGUGAGGCAGGAGACUUUGGGGCACGAGCCUAGAGGAAAUCUGUUUCCCUUCGUUGGAGAACAACAAUCUGAAUUUUCAACUUUUGACAAGAACGAUAGCAGAGGCCAGGAAGCUAUCUCCAAACGCCUGUCGGUGGCAUCGAGGGUCCCCUUCACAGAGGAGCAGCUCUUCAGCAUUUUUGACAUCGUCCCAGGGCUGGAGUACUGUGAGGUUCACCGAGACCCUUACUCAAAUUAUGGUCAUGGCGUGGUUCAGUAUUUUAACGUGGCAUCGGCUGUUUAUGCACAAUACAAACUGCAUGGAUUCCAGUACCCUCCCGGGAAUCGGAUAGCUGUUUCCUUUCUGGAUGACGGAAGUAAUUCAGCUGAUCUCAUCAGGAAAAUGGCCACACAGAUGGUGGCGGCACAGCUCGCGUCAACGGUGUGGAGUAACCCGAGUCACCAGCAGUUUCUGCAAUUCGGAGGAAGUGCUGGGUCACAAGUGCCUCAAAUCCAGACAGACGUAGUACUUCCGUCAUGCAGAAAGAAAGCCCCACCGGAAACUCCUGUGAAAGAAAGGCUGUUUAUUGUGUUUAAUCCCCAUCCUUUGCCGUUAGACGUGUUGGAGGAUAUAUUCUGCCGUUUUGGGAACCUGAUUGAGGUCUACCUUGUGUCUGGGAAAAAUGUGGGCUAUGUCAAGUAUGCUGAUAGAAUGAGCGCCAAUGACGCCAUCACAACUCUGCACGGGAAGAUUCUAAAUGGGGUCAGACUUAAGGUUAUGCUGGCAGAUUCCCCAAGAGAAGAAUCCAAAAAGAGGCAGAGAACUUACUGAGUCUUACGAACAAAGACUAACUAAUGACAUAAUCCUCAGCUGACUGACUGAAAACCUGACUGGACGAACCCCUGUGGACAGUUGACAGCUUUUUUUUUCUUUUCCUCACAUAUCUGAUAGUCUACACACCAUUGCCUAUCUGGGAUCGCUGACAUGUAUUUUUAUCUGACCUUAAUGGUAAAAUUAAUAUAGUAGUUGUUUCCUAGAACAAAAUGUUGCUGUGUAUAGCAGAAAUAAAGCUUCCUUAGAGAAAUAUGUUGUCAUGUAUAGCAGAAAUAAAGUUUGCUUUGUAUAACU